AUGGAGUGCUUGCCUCAAGUUAUCAAGGACGCCUGUCGCGGGUGUAGCUGUGUUGGUGUGAAGUAUCUGUGGGUCGACAGGCUUUGCAUACUUCAAGAUAGGGUCGACGACUGGGAUACGGAGGCAUCUAGAAUGGCUUCGGUAUACGGCAACGGUCUUUGCACAAUAGCUUGCGAGCUGUGCCGCUCAUGA